AUGGAACAAGAACAACAAGCCAAGGAAGCGGAUGCCACACCUAGAUUCGAUGUAGCGGAGGUUACAAAGAAAAGGGGUAGGCCUAGGAAGGUACCAACAAUGAUUAAACAAGGAGAGCAUUCCGAAGUCACACCCAUAGUCGAAGGGGAGGCUUUGCAUAUCAAAAACGAAAGGCCGAAUAAGGAACCUACAUCAAGUCAAGUACAUCAAGCUGAAAAUUCCGAAGUCAUGCCAAAGAUAAGUGAUAGCAAAGAUGCAUUUAUUGAGGAAAGUCAUUCGGAUAUUCAAGUCAAGCCUAGCAAUGGACCGUCUAUACCUGCACAUAAGUGUUUGCUGGCAACUAAAUCUGAGGUUUUCAAAUACAUGUUAUCUUCAGAUACAUGCAAAGCUGCAGAAAUCGACUCGGUAUGUCUACCUGAAUUCGAUCAUGACGAGCUUAAGACCUUCUUGGAGUUGCUUUACUGUGGAAAUUUGGCCAAGGAAAAGUUUGAGAUGCAUUAUUACUCUCUAGCACUUGCAUCUCAUAAGUAUGCAAUUCCAUAUUUGGAGAAGUUCUGCGAAGAUCGUAUACUAAACUUAGUAGAUUUGUCAAAUGCAUUUAAAGUGCUGGAGAUCUCAGAAGCUUGUUCAAAUGAGACAUUAAAAGUUGCUGCCUUGGAGUUGAUACGGAACCACAAAGAGGAGAUACUUUGGUCACCUGCUUUUGAAGAAUUUUCAAUAAAAAACCCACAUUUGAUGUUACAUAUCAUGAGGUACUGUUGCAGUCAAGCCUAG